AUGUUGGCAAUACUUUCCUUAUAAUUUUAUGUAUUCAAUUUUGGUAUACUUUAUAUCCACGUGUUCUUGCAUCUCCAUAACCUUAAUAAAACUGAUUUGUGUUUGAAUUAUAAAAAAUGAAAUCUAAUUUUGAUUUGAUAAAAACUAUUGAAGAUGAUGAAGAAGUGCCUAAUUAUUCCGAACAAUCAGACGAGGAAGACAAUUUUCAGCCACGUAAGCAAAAAAGGCAAGAAAAAAAAGAUUUUGAUAUUGAUUUUCAAUUUGUAAAUGAUGCUUCCGAAUACAAUCAAGAUACGUGGAAUGAUUUAAGUAAAUACAUUAAAAGAAAAGUGAAGACUAAAUUGGAUGACAAAAUUAAAAGUAUUAGAAAGCAGAAGGAAAAGGAGAAUAAAGAUGUCGAUGACGACAACGAGAACAAAUCAGAAAUUUCUCAAGAAGAUGAUGAGUUUUCCUUAUCAGAGGAUGAACUCAAAAAAGAUGCAUUUAAAACAAAGGGAAAAAAAGGAAAAAGAAAAAAAAGUACUAAAGAACAGAAUGAAGAAACAAUUAAUUUUGAAGAAUUUACAAACGUCGAAUCAUAUGUUUCUUUCCAACAAAUGAAUUUAUCAAGACCGUUAUUAAAGGCAAUAACGACAAUGAAAUUUGUUCAUCCAACACCUAUUCAAGCGGCUACUAUACCAGUCGCUUUAAUGGGACGUGAUAUAUGUGGUUGUGCAGCGACUGGUACUGGCAAAACUGCAGCUUAUAUACUUCCUGUUGUGGAAAGAUUAUUGUACAGACCAAUAAAUGGUCCUGCUAUUUCACGAGUUCUGAUACUUGUACCAACGAGAGAACUUGGGGUACAAGUAUAUCAAGUUACUAAACAGUUAACGCAAUUUACUACGAUUGAAGUAGGAUUAUCUGUGGGUGGAUUAGAUGUUAAAAUUCAAGAAACUGUAUUACGCAAGAAUCCAGAUAUUGUAAUUGCAACUCCAGGAAGAUUGAUUGAUCAUUUAACGAACACACCAACUUUUUCUUUGGAUAGCAUAGAAGUACUUAUUUUAGAUGAAGCAGAUAGAAUGUUGGAUGAAUAUUUUGCUGAGCAAAUGAAGCAUAUUAUAAAACAGUGUUCAAGGAGCAGACAAACUAUUUUGUUUUCAGCCACUAUGACAGAUGAAGUUAAAGAUCUAGCUGCUAUGUCAUUAGAUAAACCAGUAAAAGUAUUUGUGGACAGUAAUCAAGAAGUUGCAUUUAAUUUACGUCAGGAAUUUAUUAGAAUACGUAAAGAAAGAGAAGGUGAUCGCGAAGCAGUAUUAGCAGCUUUAAUUUGUAGAACAUUCCACGAUCACGCUAUGGUUUUUGUACAAACUAAAAAACAAGCUCAUCAGUUGCACAUUUUAUUAGGAUUAUUAGGUAUAAAGGUUGGAGAACUUCAUGGCAAUCUUACGCAACCUCAACGAUUAGAAAAUCUUCGUAAAUUCAAAGAUGAAGAAAUAGAUAUUCUCUUAGCAACUGAUGUCGCAGCUAGAGGAUUAGAUAUCAGUGGUGUAAAAACUGUAAUUAAUUUUGUAAUGCCUGCUACCAUGCAACAUUACAUCCAUAGAGUCGGAAGAACAGCCAGAGCUGGUCGUUGUGGGGUAUCGGUAUCAUUGGCUGGCGAACAAGAACGUAAUUUAGUGAAAGAAAUAAUCAAACAAGCUAAAAAUCCUGUAAAAAAUAGAAUAAUACCACCGGAAAUAAUAGACAAAUAUAAUAAAAAAUUACAAGCCUUAGAACCAGACAUAGAAAAUAUAUUACAAGAAGAAAAAAAUGAAAGAGAACUUGCUAAAAUAGAAAAUCAAGCAAACCGAGCUGAAAAAAUACUCAAAGGUUCAGACGAUAAGAAUCGUAGAAAUUGGUUCCAAAGUUCUAAGGAAAGGAAAACUGAGAAAGAAAAAUUAUUAUUAACAACGAAACAACCACGUAAGAAAAAAGAUAAGGAGGAAAAGGACUUUUCUAAAGUGAUAGAAGAAAAAAAGAAGAAUGCGAAAAAGGAACAAUAUAAGGAAACAGCCGAAGAUAGAGCAAAGAGAGAAUUGGAAAAAAUAGCAGCAUAUCAAGCAAGAGUAGCUAAACAAAAGUUUAAAGCGAAGAAGAUUAGAACGGUUAUAGAUACAGAUGCAUAUACUAGGAACAAUAAAGGAUCCAGAAAACGAUCAAGAUCUUCAUUUGCUAAUGAUUUGACAAAUACUAGCAGUAAAAAUGUCAAGAAAAUGCGUUACGAAGCAAAUAAGAAACAAAAUUCUACAAAAAAUAAACGAAAAUCUAAUUAUCGUGGUGGAAAAAGUCUAAAUAAGAGAUCAAGGUAACGUUAAAAAAUAUAAAUAAUUAAUUUGUAAUGAAACAAAAUAAAUUUUAAUAAAAUUCUAUGAAACGCGUUAAAUAUAAUUCGGUUUUAAUUAUAA